CAGUCAAAAUUCGGUUUCGAGUGCAAACAGUAACUGGAGCAUUUGGGGAAAUUGGGAAAUUCGAAGUCUGCACAAAAUUAAAAGAAUGGGGCAAAAAAGACAUCGAACAUAUUGUCCCCCCACUUACAAGCGCCAGAAAGUGGCGCGCGUCACCAACAAUGGCUACCUCAACUUUAUGACCGAGUACAAGAAACGCUUCUACGGACUCUCUCCGCAGGACAUGGUGCAUUAUGCGGCUAAGCAGUGGACCCAGCUGUCUUCGGCUGAGAAGGAAGCUUUCAAGAGCAAGAAGCCGCCGACGGUCGUUUUCAAGGGCCCAGCUCAGAAAGUGGCCUGUGAUUUGAAAAGCGAUGCCGCCGGAGGACAGCAAAGGUCUUGCCAAAGACAGUCUCCAUACGCUCGGAGCAGGGAAUCAGAGAGGAGAUUGUCCAGAUCGAAGACCUCGUGCAAAUCCGCAAAGAAUCAACAGCGAGGGAAGCCAAGGCCUCAGCAAACCAUGCGCAGCCUCAAUCACAUGGGCUCGGCAGUGGCCUAUAUCCACUUCCUGCGCAAGUUCCAAAGGAAGCACACCGAGAUGGCCACCACCGAUCUGCUGAAGACGGCGACUCGAUUGUGGUGCCGGCUGCCCGAAAGCCAUCGCCAUGCGUUUGAGAGGCCACUUUGGGUUGUUACCAUAGGAAAAUCCUAGGCUAGCAGUAGUAAGCAGUGUGAUUUGAUACAUUUUGUAUAGCUCUCAAGACGUCACUUUCACUUUUCUAGAUUAAAUUAAAUCCCAUGUUAGAGCAAUCCAACUCCCUUGUUUU